AUGGCGAUGCCCGUUGGGAAAUGUGGGAGCUGCGGUGGCUUGGGGCCAGGGGCGAUGGGGAGGGGACCGACGAAGGCGGAGCCAGAGACGUUCUUCUGGCGCGGUGGUUCGCCGCGAUGCGCAUGUUCUCGCACGCAGGCAGUCAGAGAUUGGGCAUUUGGUUUGGUUAGCCAAUGCAGACAGGUGUUAUUGAUGGUGGCCUUGGUGCCAGGUUCCGCACUCGACUUUGCCGUUGAUGGCCCAUCUGUGGUGGCCCUUGAAUUCUCGUUGUCAUCUGAGGUUUGGAAACUGCUAAACACAAUCGCUCUCGGUGGAAAAAGGAUCCUCCAAAAGGUGUUGCUCUUGAGGAAGAGCACUGGACUGUGCUUGUUUCCUUUUGUCCUGAUUCAACGAAAUUGUCGCCUGCUGGUGGGCAACCUUCGCCUCUCUUCUUCGCCUCCUUGA